AUGGCCUUCCUCACACGGUCAAUGGCUCCCCUCUCGAGAGCCUCCGCUACCCUCGCCGUCCGCCCCACAACUACAUUUAUGAUCCUCCGCCACAAGUCCUCCGCCACGACCACAACAGCAACAGCAUCAGACAAGCUCCGAUCGCCUGAGCUGUUCGAUCAGACCAUUGUCCUCUCCAACGGAGCCACCUUCACCCUCCGCACGCCUUCCCCUCGCGCCCAGAUCCGUCUUACCCGUGAUACCAGGAACCACCCUCUCUGGAACCCCGAGAUGCGCGGAAAUAUCUCGGGCGAUGAUUCAGGACAAUUGUCAAAGUUCGCCAAGAAGUUCGGAGAUAUGGAGGGCUUUGGCGAUGAUCUGGACUUCGCUGAUGGUGGAGAUGUUGACCGUAAGGCCUUGACGGCCAAGCAGGUCGCUCAGGCUUCAACGUCGUCUGGUGGAAAGGGCAAGAAGAAGAAGUAA